UCUCAUCCAUGGAUCACACUCAUGGCGGAUAUUUCAAGGCUGAGGCCUAUCCAACCCAUCAUCACUCGCGGCACCCACACUCCACAUUCCCAUUUCUCUACUUGAUUUUUCAUUUUCUCUAGCAUGGGUGCUCUCUAGUCUCUACUUUCUUCUAUCUUUCUCUGAUUCAAUUCUUUUUUAUUAUCAUUAUUUCAAGAAGCAAAUUAAAAAUGGCGGCGGCUAUGCCUUCUUUGGGUCUCGGGGUUCACUUCAAUAACAGUUAUAGUUCCAGGAACUUUGCUGUCCCCUUCUCAACUGGGGCUCUGGCCAAGGGGUUUGGUACUAAGCACUACUACAUUAUUCCUAAGAAGAGACAUUUUUCUUCGUCAACUAUAUUCGUUCCACGAGCAUCGUCUUCUGCAGCUCUUGAGGAUGGAAAUAGUGACACUGAUACAAUUCCAAUCCCCAAAGUUAUAAUUGAUCAAGACUCUGAUCCGGAUGCUACUGUGGUGGAAAUAACCUUUGGUGAUCGGCUUGGAGCGCUUCUUGAUACUAUGAGGGCACUCAAAAAUCUUGGCUUGAAUGUUGCCAAAGCAAAUGUCUAUCUGGAUUCUUCUGGGAAACACAACAUGUUUGCCAUCACAAAAGCUGAUACUGGUAGAAAAGUAGAAGAUCCUGAGAUACUUGAGGCGAUUCGUUUGACCAUUAUAAACAAUCUAAUUGAGUAUCACCCGGAAUCAAGUUCCCAGUUAGCAAUGGGAACAGCAUUUGGGGUUGAGCCACCUAAACAACAGAUUGAUGUGGACAUAGCAACUCACAUAAGCAUCAGAGAUGACGGCCCAAAACGAAGUUUGCUUUAUGUGGAGACAGCUGAUCGCCCUGGUCUACUGGUAGACCUUGUAAAGAUAAUAACUGACAUCAAUGUUUCUGUUGAAUCUGGAGAAUUCGACACUGAGGGAUUGUUGGCAAAGGCAUCUUUUCAUGUUAGCUACAGGGACAAGGCCUUAAUUAAGCCUCUCCAACAGGUUCUUGCUAACAGCUUGAGAUACUUCCUAAGGCGACCCUCAACUGAGGAGGGAAGUUUCUAAGCCCUGCACACAACAUUCAUAAAAAACCAAAAGCUUUAGGAGGGAAUUAGGUACUUCCCAGAACUAAAAUGAGGAAAGGCCUGGAAACGUUGUUUAGAAUGUUUUUCCCUGAUAGAAUAAUGUUCUGGAACUUAAAUUUACUUUUAAUCUUCAGCAACAGUGUAAAAUGAUGACUAUUAAAAAUGUUGUAAUAAACCACCCUUACAAUAA